AUGUCAUCAUGUAACCAUGCAGAAAGACGGAGACUGCUAGCUACAGAGCCAUGGCUUCCCUGAGUACCCUCACUAACACCCAAUACUAUUUUCUCUGUUUAUUCCUAUGGGUCCUUUCUAUCUUCCUAAUUCGAUCCUUUUUCAGAAAAUCCACGAAGAAAGUAGCUGCCAAUGAUCUCCACCUCCUUCCAAGCCCACCAGCCCUCCCACUCAUCGGCCACCUACACCUCCUUGGUUCCUCCCUGUACAAAUCCUUGCACAAUCUCUCCCUCAAACAUGGUCCCCUCUUCUGCCUCCGGAUUGGCCCUUCUCGGACCAUGCUAGUAGUUUCAUCGGCCUCCGUCGCCACCGAAGUGUUUAAAGCCAAUGAUCUUGCCAUUUCAAACCGCCCCGCUCUUGCUUUCAUAGAUGAAACACCUUAUGGGCGUGCCGGAUUCUUCAACGCCCCCUAUGGCAAGUACUGGAGGUUCAUGAAGAAGCUUGCCAUGACACAAUUGCUUAAUACUACGCAGAUUGAACGUUCACGCUCUAUUCGACGCGAAGAACUUGUACAACUUUUGUGCAGACUGUUCGACAGUGCUCAGAGAAGAGAGCUAGUUGAUUUGGGCACUGAGUUCGUGAAAUUUACAAACAAUUCCACCUGCAGGAUGGCGAUGAGCGCGAAGGUUUCAGGUGAUAGUAGUGAAGCUGAGCAGAUUAGGGCAUUGGUGAAGGAGUCUAUGCAGUUAGGGUCCAAGAUUUAUUUAGGGGAGAUCUUGGGGCCUUUGAAGAGGUUGACUUUUUGGCUAUAUGGGAAGCAGACUGUAGAUGUUUGCAAGAGGUACGAUGCGAUUCUGGAAAGGUUAUGGAAGGAGCACGAGGAAAGCGGGAAGCGAGAGAAUGAGGAUUUGAUGGAUAUACUAAUAAAGGUAUAUAAAGAUGAGAAAGCUGACUUCAAGAUGAACAGAAUCCAUAUCAAGGCUUUCUUGCAAGAUCUUUUCAUUGCUGGCACUAGUACCUCUGCGGAUGUCUUGCAAUGGACGAUGUCGGAGCUCAUCAACCAUCCUCAGAUGUUCAAGAAGCUUAGAGAUGAAAUAGUUUCUGUCGUUGGCACUGGUACUAGACUGGUUGAGGAAAUGGAUGUCCCAAAUCUCCCUUACUUGCAAGCAGUUGUCAAAGAAACACUAAGAUUGUACCCACCAAUUGGUGUGACAGCAAGAGAGUGCCGUGAAGAUUGUAAGAUAAAAGGCUAUCACGUAUCCCAAAAUACUAUGUUGGCAAUCAAUCUUUACAGCAUAAUGCGAGACCCAGAAGUUUGGGACAAUCCAAAUGAGUUUCGACCAGAGAGGUUCUUGGUUUCUAAUAAUUCUAAGUUACUACAUGAUAAGAACCAAAAUCAUGAGAAUGAACUCACAGGCCGUCAAAGUUUGAUUGAUUAUGUUCCAUUUGGGGGUGGAAGGAGAGGGUGCCCUGGCUCAAUUUUAGCAUACAGCACAAUAAAUCAAACAAUUGCGGCCAUAGUUCAAUGCUUUGAUUGGAAGGUUGGAGGUGGAGGAGAUCAUGAUCUGGAGCAGCCUAAGGUGGAUAUGGAAGUUGAGAAUUCUGGCUUUGGUUUAUGCAAGGCUCAAUCACUUGUAUGCCUUCCUUUGGUUCACUUCAACCCCUUUGCUGCUAAUUCAAUGUAAAAUCAAAUAUAUAGACUAGAAUAAUUGCUCUAAAGCAUGCCCUAAAACAAGUUGUAUGUAUAAUUAAGGAUUGUCCAAUUCAUAACCGGCCAGCUUGCAGGAUAUAUAUAUAUAUAUAUAUAUAUAUAAUAUAUUAUUCCUGUAGGGUAAGAAAUAAACC